AUGAAUAAGAGUGAAAUUCAUAUGUCAAUUUUUGAACAUUUAUAUGGAUUUACUGUAAAAGUAGGAAUGGAAUUUAAAGCUGAAAUUCCAAGUGUAGGAGAGAAUGGAAUUAAUAUUGAAGCUAAAAAUGAUCAGAUUUGGAUUUUUGGUAAAUCUACAGAAUCAAAAAAGACAUAUGUAGCAGACUUUCCUAUCAAAGUUCCUUUAAAAGCAAAAAUAAUUGCUACAGCAACUAUUAAGAAGGCAAUGAUAAGUGUACCUUUUAUUAUGCAUCUUCAAUCUAAAAGAACAGGAAUUAAAGUAGUUACCUUUGGUACCUAUUCAGGUAUAGCAACUUGGGACUUAACAUAUACCUUAAGUGAAUGA